CCCAUUCCCCUCGACUCGACCCAUCCACUGAGUCAUUACUUCAUAAGCUCCAGCCAUAACACUUAUCUUUCUGGCAACCAGCUGUGGAGUAAGUCCAGCACUGACUGCUACAAAGACGUCCUCAAGCGGAGCUGUAGAUGUAUCGAAAUCGACAUCUGGGACGGAGCAUCUCCUUCUUCCUCGGAGGCUGAACGUGGCGACAAGGAGGAAAGCGAUGUCGCGAAGCUGGGCGGUUUGCUGAAGAGAAAGCUCAAUAGGCUACGAUCACGCUCCAACCCCGACCGAGAAGCUCCAGCCCAUUCUCCUGCUGGCGAUCAGACAUUCAUGCCAACUCCCUGGAGAACUGACAGCGGGAGGUCCGAGCCUGUGGUGUACCAUGGCUACACGGCCACGACAGAGAUUCCUUUCCGAGCUGUGUGUGCCACCGUUCGCGACUAUGCCUUCAGGUCCAGCGAUCUGCCUCUGAUAGUCAGUCUGGAAGUCCACUGCAGUCCCUCGCAACAAGAAAUUGUCGUCGAGCUGAUGAACGACUACUGGGGCGCCUUUCUUGAACGCAUUCCGGAGAACUUUUCGGACACCACUCCUUUGCCAUCGCUCAACUCCUUGAGGAAGAAAAUCCUCGUCAAGGUCAAAUACACGCCGCCGGAAACGGCCAAGGCUGCUUCGAGAUCCGGCGGGGAACAGGAUUCUGCUAGUGACGAAGAUCAGAACGAGGCUGGCAAAAGGGGCAAAAUCAUCGAGUCCCUGAGCAACAUGGGCAUCUUUACGAGGGCUUUUCAUUUCCAUUCUUUCGACCAGCCUGAGUCCCGAAUUCCUACACACGUAUUCUCAUUAGGAGAGAGCAAACUUCUUGAGGCGUGCGAGAAGAAACCAAAGGAACUUUUCAACCACAACCUACAUCAUCUGAUGCGUGCAUAUCCGAAAGGUACUCGUCUACGAAGCAGCAACCUGGAUCCUGCUCCCUUCUGGCGGGUGGGCGUGCAGAUGGUCGCGUUGAAUUUUCAGAAGCCAAACGCGGCUAUGAUGCUUAACGCAGCUCAGUUUGACGGCAGCGGAGGCUGGAUGUUGAAGCCCGAAGGCUACCUUCCUGUUGAAGGUCCUGAGCCUAUUAUUACGCGGAAGACGCUAAAUCUCAAGAUCAGACUCUUCGCAGCUCAGGGUCUUGGCAUCAUCGAUGACACUCCAAACUGCUUCGUUAAAUGCGAGUUGCACGUAGAGAGCAAGGCAGAGGCGGAAAAGGGUGAAAUACCCAAAGGAGGCAAGAAUAAAGGCGGUGAACGCAAACUCCGGUCGAGCGUCAAGAAGGGUCGGGAACCCGACUGGAGCGGUGAGGCUCUUGUCUUCGACGAUGUACAAGAAGUCGUACCGGCUCUGUCCUUUGUGAGGUAUGUCAUGGACGACGUAUCUUAUCAAAAAGAUCGCCUUCUUGGUUGGGCUUGCUAUCGCCUGGACCGGAUACCACAGGGCCUGGUGCUUCUUCAUCUUCGCGGCGAGGACUCCCGCCCAAAUCAGGGCAAGAUCUUAAUGCACGUUGAGACUGCGCUC